CUUCAGAACUUCCCUGCUCAGAUUGAAUUUGAAUUUGUAGCCAAAAGCCAGGAGGCUGGAGGCUCCUGGCUCCUUCCCCUGCAGAGCUGGGGUCUGCCCCAGGAAAGCCAGGACAGUAUUAAUACCCCGGCUCAGCUUCUGGUGAUGGGCUGCUUAGGACAGAGAGAGUCUCACUGGCUCUUGUUUGGGUAUUCGGCUAAUAUCUGCUACAUCCCUCGGGGGAGACUAUGGGAUGGGCCUGCUAAUCUGCUCGCUCUGAUCCGUUCUGAAGGACUCUGGCUCCCCCCCAGCCCCAGCUGCAGCUCCCUUUAUCCCGACACUGCUACAAUUACUUGGAUGGGGGAGUCGGUGAGACAGGCCCAUCACUUACGCCAGCAGUGGGGCAUCCUUGCUGCUCCCCCCAGCGAGCCCGGACUCUGAAUGUCAGCAGCAGACCCGGAUUCUGCUGCAGCUGGGUGAAAUGAGCAGCCCCCCGAUGUAUGCGGGUGUUGGGAUAUCUGGCUGCUGGGCCCUCAGGGCUGAAGGCAGUCAUGUAAACACGUCUGGGCUGCUUCAGGCCAGGCCCGGCUAAAGAACAGAGACGUUCUUACCCUGGCACAUGGAUAACACAGAAUUCACUGCUUGCUGAGGGAGCUUUCGAGAGGAGACUCUCUCCAUCAUGGCACUUCCCAAUGCUAUGUGCUUUUGUAGCCCCUUUGCCAGGGAGGAUCUCAGAAGCUUUCACCAGCAAACUUCCCCCUGGGUGAGCACCAGCGGAGCGGACUCCUUAGACAGACUGUACCCCGCGGUGGGUGCCACGAGGCCGCCCCGGAAACGGACCACCAGCCAGUGCAAAUCCGAGCCGCCCCUGCUGCGGACGAGCAAAAGGACGAUCUACACAGCUGGGCGGCCGCCAUGGUACAACGAGCACGGGACGCAGUCCAAAGAGGCCUUUGUCAUCGGCUUGGGAGGAGGCAGUGCUUCUGGAAAGACCACCGUGGCCAGAAUGAUCAUCGAAGCUUUAGAUGUCCCCUGGGUGGUGCUGCUCUCCAUGGACUCUUUCUACAAGGUGCUCACCAAACAGCAGCAGGAGCAGGCGGCCAGCAACGACUUCAACUUCGACCACCCCGACGCCUUCGACUUUGACUUGAUCAUCUCCACCCUGAAGAAACUCAAGCAAGGCAAGAGUGUAACGAUCCCCAUCUACGACUUCACCAGCCACAGCCGGAAGAAGGAAUGGAAAACUCUGUACGGCGCCAACGUGAUUAUCUUUGAAGGCAUCAUGGCUUUUGCGGACAAGGAGCUCCUGGAGCUUCUUGACAUGAAGAUAUUUGUCGACACGGACUCGGACAUCCGGCUGGUGCGCCGCCUGCGCAGGGACAUUGGCGAGCGUGGCCGGGACAUCGAGGGGGUCAUCAAGCAGUACAAUAAGUUUGUCAAGCCUGCCUUCGACCAGUACAUCCAGCCCACCAUGCGGCUGGCCGACAUCGUCGUGCCCCGAGGUAGCGGGAACACGGUGGCCAUUGACCUGAUCGUCCAGCAUGUCCACAGCCAGCUGGAAGAGAGGAAGCUACGCUGGGAUAUGGCAGCGCUGGCCUCUGCCCACCAGUGCCAUCCCCUUCCUCGGACCCUCAGCGUGCUGAAGAGUACCCCGCAAGUGCGUGGCAUGCACACCAUCAUCCGAGACAAGGAGACCAGCAGAGACGAGUUCAUUUUCUACUCCAAGAGGCUGAUGCGGCUGCUGAUUGAGCAUGCGCUGUCAUUUCUGCCUUUCCAGAGCUGCACUGUCCAGACCCCUCAGGGAGAGGACUACGAAGGCAGAUCCUACAGUGGGAAGCAGAUCACAGGUGUGUCUAUCCUGAGAGCAGGCGAGACCAUGGAGCCGGCGCUCCGAGCUGUGUGCAAGGACGUCCGAAUCGGCACCAUCCUCAUCCAGACCAACAGCAACACUGGAGAGCCAGAGCUCCACUACCUAAGGUUGCCGAAGGACAUUAGUGAAGAUCACGUGAUCCUGAUGGACUGCACGGUCUCCACAGGAGCGGCGGCCAUGAUGGCCGUGAGAGUGCUGCUGGAUCACGACGUCCCUGAGGACAAAAUCUUCCUUCUCUCUCUACUGAUGGCGGAGAUGGGCGUCCACUCGGUGGCCUACGCCUUCCCCCAGGUGAAAAUCAUCACAACGGCUGUGGACAAGAAGGUGAACAACCUUUUCCGGAUCAUCCCCGGCAUCGGGAAUUUUGGAGAUCGCUACUUCGGGACUGAUGCCCCCCCUGACUGGAGCGACGACACCCUGGACACCUAGCAAACACCCCCGCCUGCCCUGGGUCAGAAGACGGGACCCCACCCCAGAGCCGAGGCAGCUUUGCCACUGCACCUUACUCUUCUGUUGUACAUUUCCAAAAAGAUUUCUCCUGGGGCAUAGAUCUUUUUUCAGCUGUUGCGUUUGAAAUCUAGGGCCUAUUUUUUAAAAAGGAAGAAAUGCAAAUCCUAGCUGACUGUAUGUGCACAGGCACAUGUCCCACUUUAGAGCGGAGUUAAUUUAUUUUAAUUUAAAUAUUUGCCUAUGUAACUUAUGUGAGAUUUUAUAACAAACAGAAUAAAGAUUUUCUCCAGUUUUCUUGCA